UCGUUUUCUCCACUAAAGAGAAGGGAAAAAGAAUAUUUACGUGCAAACAAACCCAUUAUUUUAUGUUUCUAUUUAGUGUCCUCCACUCCGCUCCUCCUUUAGGGUUUCUCUUUUUUCAUUCUCUUCUUUGUUUUCUUCCUUUCCAGCUUUUUUAUCAUAAUCUCACCCAGAUCAUCUUCUUCUGCUCUUUUUCCAUUUCGAGGGUAACAGUGCAAAAGAGCAGAUUCUCAGGAUUUAACCAUUCUUAGGUGUCAAGUGAUAUCAGUGUGUUUGGAUUUGUAGAAGCUUUUUUUGUAAAAAAUUUUCCUGAAAGAUGGAAGGCUAAUAUGCCUAAAUCCAAGAAGUUAUUGGGUUGAAUGUUUUAUUGCUUGAUUGUUGACAUGAUUUGCUACAAUGUUUAGUACCACUAAUGCCAUUGGCUUCUACUUUCAGUACAAGACAUCUUUGUGUUGCCUAUAGAAAAUAGUGAACACGGGUCAACUAUGUUGCGUGGCCGCUGGGCCACAUGGAACAAAAUCACCCUCUAUUGGUUGGGAUAAUUCCAUGGAUACUGGUGAACCACAUUGGCAGACAAACUCUAGCUUUUCACCUCCUCCAUUUAGGAUAUGGGACUGCAGAUUGCAAUCUGAUGGCUUACAACAUGGGACUCAUGGAGCUCCUUUACAUGGUUCUUCAUUAUCAUCCACUAGUAGAGGAAGCAGAAGUAGGGUGAGCAAUGAACGGCAUACUACCAAUCAUCAUCAUUCUGUGUCCGAUGGAGUACUCUCUUAUCCAGGUAGUCCGCCUGAUAAUAUCCAGGCACCUCGUUGGACAUCGCCAGUGAAAAAAUUCAAUUUGGGAGAGCCAGCUGCAUCUACUGUUGGAGGAUCAAGGUCCCAUACCUCUUGGUUUCCUCACUCAACCGAGAGGCGAUAUGCUGUUAGGGCAACUUUAGCAUCUCCCAGUUUUGGAUCCCCAUCUUCACUUUCUGAGUCCAGCCAGUGGGAAUCAACUAGCAAGCAGCCCUUUUCUUUACCUAAUCGCAACUUUCCAAGUCGUCGUGCUCACACGUCUAAAGCAGUUUAUCCACUAGUUUUUCACAAUCCUGUUUCAGAUUGUGAAAACUUUGGUGACGGUGAUACCAAUAGCAUUGGCAGGUUGACACCAGUUGACGAUCAUAUUUCACCUACUCACUGGCUUGAGAGCAACUCAAGUAUUGUACAGAAGUUCCACAAAACACUCACCGAACUUCAAAGGUGGGAGGCAUCACCAGACCCUGGUACUAGCUCCAGAAGAGAGGGCUUUAGGUGGAGCAGUGCCAGCAGUUAUGAUUUUGGGUUUGAUGGAGAAAGGUUUGACAUAUCAGAGCACAUUGAUGUAGAGAGUCUGAGGUCACCUAUUGGCCAUGCUGUAGAUCAGAAGUGUGGAGUUUGUGGAAAACAGUUGUGCCAAAAGUCCCCUUGGAGUUCACAUCGAAUCAUGAGUGGUGGUGAUAUGCCUACUGCUGGGGUACUACCUUGCGGCCAUGUGUUCCAUGCUGAAUGCUUGGAGCAACUGACCCCAAAGACCCAGAUUCAUGAGCCUCCUUGCCCCUUGUGCCUGAAGACCAUUAGACCAUUGGAAGAUUCCUCAUCAGUUUCGGAACCGUUGCACAUGGCCUUAAGAUCUGUGCAGUUAAGCAGAGGAAUUGUAAUAUCUGAGGAUCAGCGGAACCAUAGUAACAGUGAAAACUCAGAUCAUAUUGACAACAGAUUGAGGAGAGCAUUGCAAGAGCAUGACAGUGGUUCUUCUUCCUUUAAGAAUCGUCUCAAAAGGCAUUUCCCAUUCAAGGGGAAAGCAAGCAGUACCAAGGUGUUCCACAAGUUUUGAUCUUCUUCUCCAGCAGGGAACGCAUCCAUUGCCUGAUAUCUAUUGGAUAGCCAUAGAUAUACCAUUGUUCACUUGCAAAUAGAUUUAAUCAUUUAGAUGCAUGAGGAUUUCUCUUUUUGCGGAUUUUCUUCACUUUAUACACUCAGCCUCUCUCUUCUUUCAUCUUUUCUUUUCCUCCUCUCUUGGGAACACAAGUGCUGAGGCACCUUUUAAUCCUAAUUAAAUGCUUGUUGACUAUGUAAUUUACUAGGAAUUCUCCGUUUCAGGAUAUCUCCCACUUAAUGUAAUAUGAUCUAUGGAUAUGAAUUCUCAAUGAAGCAUUGCAGUAAGUUUGUGGAA